GGGGCGGAAGGGAGCGCCCGGCGCGGCGGGUGCCGGGAGCGCCGCCGCCGCCGGUCCGCGCCGCCAUGCGGAAGUUCUUCCAGGAGAUCAAGGCCGACCUGAAGUUCAAGACCGCGGGGCCCGGCCAGAAGCUCUCGGAGCCGGCCCGGGUCCCCAAGGAGAAGCCAAAAGCUGAGGCAGCACCGAAGCCUCGGCAGGGACCUACCAAUGAGGCCCAGAUGGCGGCAGCUGCGGCGCUGGCCCGCAUGGAGCUGAAGCCCAAGGCCAGGCUGCCCUCGUCCCAGGAGGCCAUCAAGAAUCAGGUGAGAAAGGAGCUGAUGGCAGAGGCAGCUGCAAGUGAGAAAGGGGUCUCUGCAGAGGUAAAGGACGCAGAGUCCCCAGACAAGGAAGAGGCGGCUGGACUCUCUGUGUCAGGGGUCUAUUUCAUUUGCCCGUUGACUGGUGCCGUUGUAAGGAGAGACAUGAAGGAAAAGCACAUCAGAGAAGCCAUCUUGUCAUAUUUCUCUGUAGACCCAGUGGCAGCCUCAAUCAUGGAGAUUCACACCUUCAAUAAGGACCGAGAGAAAGUGCGAGUGGGCGUGGAGACCAUAGCUAAAUAUCUGGAUAAUAUCUAUCUUCAUCCAGAGGAGGAGAAGUACCGGAAAAUCAAACUGCAGAACAAAGUGUUUCAGGAAAGGAUAAGCUGCCUGGAAGGGAUACACAAAUUUUUCCAGGCUAUUGGGUUUGAGACAAAAACACUACCUGUUCCAGGACAAGAGACCACAGAGGAGUACUACAUACUGAAGGAAGAAAUGCUGACCAGGUUGGAAGACCUAAAGGACUACAAAGAGCAGCUUUUAAGCUCUGAGCCAGUGAGAGCCCAGCUAGAUCGCCAGCUCUGUUUAUUUAAACCAUCACCUGAAGCUGCUCGGUUUGAGCUGCCAAAUGACUUCUACAACCUCACUGCAGAAGAGAUCAAACGAGAGCAAAGGCUCCGGACAGAAGCAGUGGAGAAAGCCUCAAUGCUGAGGACAAGAGCCAUGCGGGAGAAAGAUGAACAAAGGGAAAUGCGGAAGUACAACUACACCCUGGUACGAGUCCGGUUUCCUGAUGGAUACAUUCUCCAAGGGACAUUCUAUGCACGAGAAUCAAUAUCUAUGCUCUACAAUUCUGUGAGGGAAGCACUCACCAAUGACUGGCUGCCCUUUGAGCUGCUGGGACCCGGAGGUCUCAAACUGACAGAUGAGAACUUGGCCUUCAAUGAAUGUGGGUUGGUGCCCUCUGCCCUCCUGACCCUUGUCUGGGAUGCAUCAGUCAUGGCAGACAUUCAGGCUGCAGGAGAAGAGCAGUCAGCAAGCCCCCUGAAACCAGAACUCCUCUCCAGGGUCCAGACACUGUCAUGAAAUAAAGGGGAGUGGAUUCAGGGCUGAUGAUUUUAAACUGUUCCCUCAUUUCCCUACACAGAGCUUCCAGCUUUGUGACCUUGGAAAUGACUUGUUUUAGCUCAAUGCAGUGAAAGUCUAGAUUUUGCCAUGCCACAAUCCUUGCUGUCAUCUCCACAAUGCCAGCAGCUAUACACUAGGGCAGUCUUGCCCACAAAGACAUUUACAUAGCUGCUUUUAAAACCAAGUUCUAGCAGUUACUGUUGAGGUAUUUUCUAGAUGAUGAUGAAGUACCCCUCUCCUCCCUUCAAGGAAGGAUUAGGUUCUACUACAAGGCUGGAUUACCAAUGAUGGGCUGGGCUUAGAACUCAGCUUUUCCUUUUGCUUCUGUGUGCACUGUUAACUCCUAUUGGAGAUUAAGUCCUAUUGGAGAGAGUAUAUUUAGAUAAACUUUGUCAAGUCUGAUUAAAUGGAAUAUUUAAUGA